AUGUCGUCCUUGGUGUCAUCGCCAUUUCUAGCGGCUUCAAAAUCUGAGCUUCAAUUAUUUUCAUUCUCCCAGAAACAUUUCUUUCUUCAUUCCCUCAUUCCCAAAAAAUCCCAUAUCACCAUUUCUUCUAAAACCUCCAUUAAAGUGAAAUGUGCCGCAGUUGGCAAUGGCCUUUUCACUCAAACCAGUCCCGAAGUUCGUCGUGUAGUUCCUGAUAACACCAACGGCCUUCCGACAGUCAAAAUCGUCUAUGUUGUUCUUGAAGCUCAGUACCAAUCAUCACUCACAGCCGCCGUACAAGCUCUCAACAGCAACAAAAUCCACGCCAAUUUCGAAGUUGUGGGUUAUUUAGUUGAAGAGCUACGUGAUGAAUCGACUUACCAAACUUUCUGUAAAGACUUGGAAGAUGCCAAUGUGUUCAUUGGGUCUUUGAUUUUCGUUGAGGAGCUUGCUUUGAAAGUGAAAGCUGCUGUUGAGAAGGAAAGGGAUCGACUUGACGCCGUUUUGGUGUUCCCUUCAAUGCCUGAAGUGAUGAGAUUAAACAAACUUGGGUCAUUCAGUAUGUCACAAUUGGGACAAUCUAAGAGUCCAUUCUUUCAGUUGUUUAAGAAGAAGAAACAAUCUGCUGGUUUUGCUGAUAGUAUGUUGAAGCUUGUGAGAACAUUGCCUAAGGUAUUGAAGUAUUUGCCUAGUGAUAAGGCUCAAGACGCUAGACUAUAUAUUUUGAGUUUGCAGUUUUGGCUUGGUGGGUCACCUGAUAAUCUUCAAAAUUUCUUGAAAAUGAUAUCUGGGUCUUAUGUUCCUGCUUUGAAAGGGGUUAAGAUUGAGUAUUCUGAGCCUGUUUUGUAUUUGGACUCUGGGAUUUGGCAUCCUUUGGCUCCUUGUAUGUAUGAUGAUGUGAAGGAGUAUUUGAAUUGGUAUGGAACAAGAAAAGAUGCUAAUGAGAAGUUGAAGGAUCGUAAUUCUCCUGUUAUUGGGCUCAUUUUGCAGAGGAGUCAUAUUGUUACUGGUGAUGAGAGUCAUUAUGUGGCAGUGAUUAUGGAGUUGGAGGCUAGAGGGGCUAAAGUGAUUCCCAUUUUUGCUGGUGGCCUUGACUUUUCAGGACCGGUCGAGAAGUAUCUUGUUGACCCAGUGACGAAGAAACCUUUUGUGCAUUCGGUUGUGUCGCUUACUGGCUUUGCUCUUGUUGGAGGGCCUGCUAGACAGGACCAUCCAAGGGCUGUUGAAGCACUCACUAAGCUUGAUGUUCCUUACAUUGUUGCUUUGCCUUUGGUGUUUCAAACUACUGAGGAAUGGCUUAAUAGUACUUUGGGUUUGCACCCUAUUCAGGUGGCGCUUCAGGUGGCUCUACCCGAGCUUGAUGGUGGCAUGGAGCCUAUCGUUUUCUCAGGUCGAGAUCCUCGUACAGGGAAAUCUCAUGCACUUCACAAAAGGGUGGAACAGCUCUGCACCAGGGCAAUCAAAUGGGCUGAACUGAAGAGAAAAUCUAAGGUUGAUAAGAAGUUGGCUAUAACUGUCUUUAGUUUCCCUCCUGAUAAGGGGAACGUUGGAACUGCUGCAUAUUUGAAUGUCUUCUCAUCCAUCUUCUCUGUCUUAAAAGACCUCAAGAAGGAUGGAUAUAACGUCGAAGGCCUUCCUGAAACUUCUGAAGCUUUGAUUGAAGAUGUUAUUCAUGACAAAGAGGCACAAUUCAACAGUCCGAAUCUCAACAUUGCUUAUAAAAUGAAUGUUCGUGAAUACCAACAAUUAACACCUUACUCCACAGCAUUGGAAGAGAAUUGGGGAAAACCUCCUGGCAAUCUGAACUCUGAUGGAGAGAAUCUACUGGUAUAUGGAAAGCAAUAUGGAAACAUCUUCAUCGGUGUUCAACCGACAUUUGGAUAUGAGGGCGACCCGAUGAGACUUCUCUUCUCUAAAUCUGCUAGCCCCCAUCAUGGUUUUGCAGCAUAUUACUCUUAUGUUGAGAAUAUCUUUAAGGCUGAUGCAGUUCUUCACUUUGGAACUCAUGGUUCGCUCGAAUUUAUGCCCGGAAAGCAAGUUGGAAUGAGUGAUGUUUGUUAUCCUGAUAGUUUGAUUGGAAACAUUCCGAAUGUCUACUAUUAUGCAGCUAACAACCCGUCUGAAGCUACAGUUGCUAAACGUCGUAGCUAUGCUAAUACCAUAAGCUAUUUGACACCUCCAGCCGAAAAUGCAGGGCUUUAUAAGGGCCUUAAGCAGUUGAGUGAGCUUAUUUCCUCGUACCAAUCACUUAAAGAUACUGGUCGUGGGGCACAAAUUGUUAGCUCGAUUGUCAGUACUGCUAGACAAUGUAAUCUCGAUAAGGAUGUUGAACUACCUGAGGAGGGAGAGGAAAUCCCUGCAAAAGAUCGCGACCUUGUUGUCGGAAGGGUAUAUUCAAAGAUCAUGGAGAUUGAAUCCCGCCUUUUGCCUUGUGGACUUCAUGUCAUUGGUGAACCACCGUCCGCCAUGGAAGCCGUAGCAACGUUGGUUAACAUUGCUGCACUCGACCGUCCUGAAGAUGGCAUUUCAUCUCUUCCUUCGAUACUAGCGAACACAGUUGGUAGAAACAUAGAAGAUGUGUACCGAGGGAAUGACAAAGGAAUAUUGAAGGAUGUUGAGCUUCUUCGGCAAAUUACCGAGGCAUCACGUGGGGCCAUUUCUGCCUUUGUGGAAAGAUCAACUAACAGUAAGGGUCAAGUCGUCGAUGUUGGUGAUAAGCUCACUUCAAUCUUAGGAUUCGGCAUAAAUGAACCAUGGAUUCAGUACUUGUCAAACACCAAAUUUUACAGGGCAGACAGGGAGAAGCUUAGGAAACUAUUUGAGUUCUUAGCCGAGUGUUUGAAGCUUGUUGUUACUGAUAACGAAUUGGGGAGUUUGAAACAGGCUUUGGAGGGAAAAUACGUCGAGCCAGGCCCUGGUGGUGACCCGAUUAGAAAUCCAAAGGUUUUACCAACAGGAAAGAACAUCCAUGCUCUUGAUCCACAAUCAAUUCCCACAACAGCAGCAAUGCAAAGUGCAAAAAUUGUGGUGGAUAGGUUGAUAGAGAGGCAAAAGGUUGAGAAUGGAGGAAAAUAUCCUGAGACAAUUGCUCUCGUAUUGUGGGGAACUGAUAACAUUAAGACCUACGGUGAAUCUUUGGCUCAAGUUCUAUGGAUGAUCGGCGUAAUGCCCGUGGCUGAUACAUUUGGUCGCGUCAAUCGUGUAGAAGCUGUGAGUCUUGAAGAGCUCGGAAGGCCUAGGAUCGAUGUUGUUGUCAACUGUUCUGGUGUUUUUAGAGAUUUGUUCAUCAAUCAGAUGAACCUUUUGGAUCGAGCAGUGAAGAUGGUUGCAGAAUUGGAUGAACCUGAGGAGCAAAACUUUGUCAGGAAACAUGCAAUGGAACAAGCCCAAUCCCUAGGUAUCGGUGUUCGAGAAGCUGCAACUCGAAUUUUUUCGAAUGCGUCUGGAUCUUACUCAUCCAACAUAAAUCUUGCUGUUGAGAAUUCUUCAUGGAAUGAUGAGAAGCAACUCCAAGACAUGUAUUUGAGUAGGAAGUCCUUUGCAUUUGACUGUGAUGCUCCUGGAGCUGGCAUGAUGGAGAAGAGAAAAGUUUUCGAGAUGGCUCUGAGCACAGCUGAUGCCACAUUCCAAAACCUCGACUCGUCCGAGAUCUCACUGACCGAUGUCAGCCAUUACUUUGAUUCUGAUCCAACUAAUUUGGUUCAAGGUUUGAGAAAGGAUGGGAAGAAGCCAAAUGCCUACAUUGCUGAUACCACUACAGCAAAUGCUCAAGUUCGCACGCUUUCUGAGACGGUGAGACUGGAUGCAAGAACCAAGUUAUUGAAUCCCAAGUGGUAUGAGGGAAUGAUGUCGAGCGGUUAUGAGGGUGUCCGAGAAAUCGAGAAGAGGCUAACCAACACGGUUGGAUGGAGUGCAACUUCUGGGCAAGUCGACAACUGGGUUUACGAAGAAGCAAACACCACAUUCAUUCAAGAUGAGGAGAUGCUGAACAGGCUGAUGAAAACCAAUCCAAACUCUUUCAGGAAGUUGGUGCAAACAUUUUUGGAGGCGAACGGGCGCGGAUAUUGGGAAACUUCUGAGGAAAAUAUCGAAAAACUGCGCCAAUUGUACUCUGAGGUUGAAGACAAGAUUGAAGGGAUCGAUCGAUGAAGGAUAUUCAUCAUGAACAGCUAAAAUUUGUAAAACCAGAACAACAAGAAUGUAAAUUACUUUCCCCAUUUAUUUAACCAUCAUGUUCUCUUUUUAGGAUGGAUGGAUGUAAUUUUUGUAAUGUGAAAUUAUUUGAGACUUUUUUUUGUACUCUUCUCAAAAAGUCUUAAUUGCAAAUCUCAUUUGAUGUAUAUGUAAUUCUUUUCCUUUGUAAGGGUGUGAUUGUGGGGAAAGGUAAACUAGUUUUUAUGAUAAGAGGUGUUUUGGAGAAGAGUUUUGUGAGUAGGGUUAUGAUGUGUUAUGAUAAAAUGUAUUUGUCGGAA